AUGAUGGCCACCGGGUCUCGGGACACCUCGGUUCGUGAGGCCAAAGGCUUCGUCAAGGAUGUCGUACGAAAUGACUGGGAUUUCGAGGCCGGCGUUCCCUCCCCGUCGUCUGCCGACGGCACCCUUUGCCACGACCGUGAAGUGUGCGAAUGGCGGGUCCGAGAAUUCGACACCCCAACCUCGGAACUCGAGCCACAGAGCUCGGACAGCGAGCAAGAGUAUGAUCCAUCAGCCGUGCUGAACCUCGCCCCGGGAGCUGCAGGUAUUGAGCGGCGUCGCAAACGCCGUCGACAGAUAGACGACGAAAUGGCAUGGAACGAAGGGCUACGGUUAUGGAUGGCCAGGCGCGAUGCGUGGUGUGGUGCGAAGACUCGGCGGCAGAUUCGGGCGGAGGAGGAAAAGCGCGCGUUGGCUGGUGCACGGACGGACACAACAGAUCAGCCCGAUGGCGUGGGGCUAGGAGAAAAUGGUGAGACUUUGUCUGAUUCAACCCAAACUGCGAUGCCGCCUGGCCAGGGUAGUGAGGGCAUUGGUGCCUCUGAUCUGGCAGCCCAGACCGAGACUUCACUUUCCAUUGCGGACCGGGAGAAAAGCGAGCAGCUCCAGAAUCGAGCGGAUAUGACCUCGGGACAGCAAGAUGAUCAGGAGGAUGGAUUGUCUACCGCGCCAGACGAGGGAGCUAAACGGAAGGCCUCGUCAGAGACCAACAUCACAGAGCCGGAUCAGAAAGUUGCCGCAAUCGUACCUACUGAACUUACAACCUCCCCGGCCGUGGCAGGCCAAACAGAAGAGGAGAAGGUGGAAGAAGAACUUGAUGAACCACUUUGCCCCGUUGCCCCACCAUUCAUUUCAAACGACAACCCAAUUCGCGCAACCAUCAAUCCCGCAAUCUACCCUUCAAUCUACACCAAGGUCGUCGUGCAAGGCAUGACCCCAACCGUCCCCGUCAACCUCGCCCACUUGACCAAAGCCAUGGUUCAAGGCUGGAAAGCAGACGGGCAGUGGCCGCCAAAGCCAGCAGUGACAUCGAUUGUUCUUGCUGAUGAUGCCUCCGUGCCCAAGAAAACCACAGAGGACGCACCACCGACCAGGAGGAAGAACAGCAUCACCAAUGCCGUGAAGAAAGUCUUCCAUUUUGGAACACAUCCCUUCCAUCGCCGCGGCAGCCAGGACACCGCGGGAACCGGGGGCCCGACAGCUUGA